UGUAUUUCGAUUCUUGUCAUCUGCAAACUUCACACAGGUCCCCUUGUUCCUGCAGUUAAAGUCAAGAGGCAUGAAAUUAAAAGCGACCCAACUCCUCUGGGUUUCGAAGAUGCCUUUGAAAGCAACCUCUUGGCUCAAGCUAAAUGCAGUGCUGUUCCCUCCACGAGGUCGGUACCUAGAUCUGCCUCACAAACAGGUUGGCCCAGCAAGCAGAUGCCGUCGCUUGAUACUUUUGAGGAUUUUGAAGCCAUCCCAUCCAGCACUGAGGAACUCUCUAAUUCUUCAGAUAUGGAGGAAGAAAGCCAGCCUAUCAAUGGAUCCAGCCUUUACCGGGUAGAAGGUAAUUUUGACACCUGUUUCCCAGAUUCCCUUACUCUGGAGGAUGGAGACUUAGUGCAGUUUAUACAGGAAGGCGAAGAUGGCCAAUGGUUAGUGAAGAAGCUGGUUUCUGAGAAAACGGACUGGGUCCCUUCCAGUCUGCUACAGCCAGCAGGUGGAGACACCAACAACAUCCACAGAAUCGGCAAUGCAGAUGGCUACAGUGGUACCCGCAGAACAGCACCCACAAGCUCAGAAAUGAAGGAGAGUGAACUGACAAGAAACUUAACAGCUGAACAGAAGGCUGGGAGUUGAAUACAGCUGGAAACGUUUCCUAAGGACUCCAUUCUCUUGUCCGUUUACUGGUGGAUGCUGGACCAAAUAACCUUUCCCGCAAGCUGUGGACUUCAGAAAUCUGUGGAAUUUCAUCAGCAUGAAGUACAUUUUUUAAGAAUUGAAAGAAAAAACCCAACAACUUGCUAAUCUAGGAAAUAUGGAGGAUAAUUUAAACUUCAAAGGUGACAAAUAAAUCCACAGUAUGCUUUUCUACACUGCGUUUUUGAACCGUUGAAAAGGGUGUUGCCUAAAUUAGGCUGACAGCAGUGAAAGGUUGCUAUGCCCUCAGCAUUGUGGCUAUGUUGGUUAAAUACUGAACUAUUCAAAGAUGGAUCUAUAGAUCUCCCAGAUAAUAUUCUUAUUGCAGAGACAAUACCAAAUUCCUCCGUCCAUUUAGAUUUGCUGCUCAGCCUCACCUCCAUUGCAGGCUUCUUUUUCUCAAGACAAUCACGAUCAGCAAGAACCAACGAAAAUAGGCUGGGUGAAGAAAAUGCCAUUCCUGAACCUGAGCUGACCACCACGCCUUUGCACAGCAAUGGGGGGGGCAUGGCAUGCUUUUGGCUAUGAUCUUCUGUCCACAGAGUGUUUUGAAUGGUGAAUGGAAAACGAUGGGCAUCUUGUGAGUAAAGACCGGGAUAAGUUAGGCAAAGACAAGGGACAGUGACAGUGAAUGCAAUUAUGGGGCUUGCUCGUGGAAUCGAGAGGGUGCCUUUGUUUCCCCGUUUGUGAUUGAGGGAACAUAUCCCGUGAAUUUGGUGCUGACAAUUCUGUUUGAUGCUGCCGUUCAAAGUUCAGCACUUGAGUGGAAUCCGUGUUGGACAUUGUCAUAUGCUGGGCUUUUGAACAGUAUAUAACACUCCCCCGCCCAAGUAUUUAAUGCAUCCCCUAUAUGAUGUCCCCAACUUGUUAAGGUGCUGGCAUAUGGACCCACAGCUGAUGAGGACAUGUGGUCAUAUUUACAGUCUUUCACCAUGCCAUCGUAUUAUGGGAAAGACUAUACCAUCCCUCUGCCACCCUGGACAAUAUCAUGAUUUCCCCCAGGCUUUCAGAUUCAUGGGACACAAGGAACCUGCAAAUUCUAGGGGAGAAAGAAAAAUAUAAAGGUGUUUUGCAUGAAGGCAUUUUGAUGGUGAAUGGGAAACUUCGGUCCCACAAAGCUGCUAGUAGUGUAAUGUUUGAAACCAAUUUUGACCUAGGAAUAGGGCUAUUUGAUGGAUGCUGUAUGUUAGGCUAGUAAACUGAGAAAAAUCCAUAUAAAGUUACCACCCCUUGGCAUUUUGUCAUAGUAAACUGAGAAAAAUCCAUAUAAAGUUACCACCCCUUGGCAUUUUGUCAUAGUAAACUGAGAAAAAUCCAUACAAAGCUACCACCUCUUGGCAUUUUGUCAAUCUCCAUGCAGCUGCACCACACAAUCAGAGAUCUUUAGCGAUGGUGCAAAGCAGGGCUGGGGAACCUGUGGUCCUCCCCAUGUUGUUGGAUUCCUAUCACCCCAGCCAGCAUGGUCAGUGAUCAGGGAUGAUGGGAACUGUAGUCCAACAACAUCUGGAGGGCCACAUAUUAUCCACCCCUGGUGCAAAGGAUGCUGGGAUGCACUGCUCAGAUUAAUGCUACUUGACUGACCCACCAAUCAACUUCUUGGGCUGCCUGUGCAGUUGGGCUGGCCCUUGCUGUGCUGUGCAAAAAAGCCAGAAUUUAUGUACCUGUCCCAGGAAGACUUUGUAGAACUACUUCUUUGCAUUGCAAUGCUAUGAUUGAAACUGUAGGCCAUUUCUCCUGUAAAUUCCUCAAAACAAUAAUUCUAAUUUGAAUUGUCUGUUCUGUUCCCAUUUUUUAUUCUUAUUACUGAA